CUUAUUGCUCUUCUACCCUUCUAUUUGGAACAGCUAGAUUCAUCAACGGAGUUAAAAAAAUUGCUUUACACUGCCAACUUUUGCCAGAUAAAAACAAAUAGUGACUGUUUUUCUCAGUUGUUUGUUCUUUGGGAAAUUAUUCACAAAAUUAUUUGAGUUGAAUGAUAAAAAGCUAAUGGACAGAUUUCUUUUAGCUUUUCUAGUUUGUUUUUCAGUUUUCACUCUCUACUGCUACUCAUAGUAAAGAGUCUAACUUCCAACUGUACUAUACUACCAUGGGCAAAAAAAGCCUUUUCCAUUAAUGUUGGAGAAAGUUCACAGUCAUACUCUUCAGGGAAGAACACCAUACGGAUUUACUAGCUACAUCUACUCCAGGUACCCCACCACUCUAAAUCCAGCCAAAAACAAAUUUCGUUAAUGCUAAUAAUUCAAUACUUGAUUCAUUGAUAAAGGCAGAAAAGGGGAAGAGAAAAACCUUUUACAGAACUUUUCAACUGAUCUGUUUAUGGCUAAAGCUCUUAGUGGUUUCUUUCUUUCUGCUUAAAUGGCUGGUUUUUUUAACUUCUGUGAAAACUUCAGAUACUUGAAAGCAUAAUCACAAAGUGUGCAUACAAAGGCAAGAUUUUAUUCAUGGGGUAUUUUUCCAGUUUGCUGUUGCUGCCAUUUGUGAUAUGGGGUUCUCUAAUUCUGGGUUCCCAUCAAUUACAAUCUUCACAAACUCAAGUGCUUCUUCAAUUAAGGAAACAUCUAGAGUACCCAACUCAACUGGAAGUUUGGAAGGAUCAUACUGUAGAUUUUUGCUAUAUUUUUUCAUCCACACAAGUCAAUGUGACAUGCCAGGACAAUUUUGUUACUGAGCUCAGAAUUACAGGAGACAAGCCAGCUAAGGUCGAUAAUUUUGUUGGGUAUGCAAUUCCAGAUCAAACUUUAUCAGAGAUUUUCUCCAUAGAUUCUUUUGUUGUUACUCUUUCAAGGCUAAACAGCUUGAGAGUCCUCAGUCUUGUAUCGCUAGGCAUUUGGGGUCCACUUCCAGACAAAAUUCAUCGGUUGUCUUCACUCGAAUAUUUGGAUUUGAGUUCAAAUUAUCUCUUUGGUUCAGUUCCUCCAAAAAUUUCGACAAUGGUGAAGCUUCAAACUCUUACACUUGAUGAAAAUUUCCUCAAUGGUACAAUUCCUAAUUGGUUUGAUUCAUUGUCUAAUCUUACAAUUCUUAGCCUGAGGAAAAACCAGUUGACGGGUCCAUUUCCAACUUCAGUACAGGAAGUUACCUCUCUUACUGAUCUUGUUUUGUCUAGCAAUGGAAUAUCUGGGAGUUUACCAAGUCUUGAUGCCCUAAUUAACCUACAUGUGCUGGAUUUGAGUGGGAACGAUUUAGAAUCUAAUUUACCUUCAAUGCCCAAAGGAUUGGUCAUAGCACUCCUUAGCAACAACUCCUUUUCAGGUGAGGUUCCACGUCAGUACAGCCAGCUUAGUCAGCUUCAACACCUUGAUAUGUCAUUCAAUGAACUAAGGGGAACACCUCCUGCUGCACUUUUUUCAUUGUCAAACAUUAGUUACUUGAAUUUGGCAUCGAAUAUAUUGAGUGGUUCACUUCCCAACAAUCUAAAAUGUGGCAGCAAACUUCAAUUUGUUGAUAUAUCCAAUAAUAGCUUUACUGGGGGAUUGCCUCAUUGUUUGAAUAUUGAAUCAGAUAAUAGAGUUGUGAAGUUUGGUGGUAAUUGCUUAUCCAUUGAUUUACAUCAUCAGCGUGCAGAAUCAUCUUGUAUGGAAAUGCCUACAAAAAAGAAACAAUCUGGAGGCAAAGAUGUUGGGAUGUUAGUAGGUGUAGCUGCUGGUAUUCUUAUCUUUAUGGGGCUUCUGGCUUUUGGCUUUCUUUUUGUGUCCAGAAGAUGUUUCCCUCGAGCAAUUUCGGAGCAGCAUCUGCUGCACAAUGGAGUUGAAGAAAAAUCAGCAACAGUGUUCUCGUCCGAGAUCCUCACUAAUGCAAGAUUUAUUUCUCCAGCUGCAAAAUUGGGGAUACAAUGUCUCCCAGCUUGUCGGCCAUUUACUGUAGAAGAGUUAAAGAAGGCUACAAAUAACUUUGAUAAAUCUACUGUUUUGGGUGAAAGUUCUCAUGGAAAGCUUUACAGAGGGAGACUAGAUGAUGGGACUCAAGUUGCUAUAAAGUGCCUGCCUUCAUCGAGGAAAUAUACAAUUCGAAACCUUAAACUCAGGUUGGAUUUGCUCGCAAAGCUUCGCCACCCACAUUUGGUAUGCCUCUUGGGGCACUGUAUUGAUGGUGGAGAUGAUUACAGAGUGAACAAAGUCUUCCUUAUAUAUGAAUACACUUCAAAUGGGAAUUUUCGUACACACCUCCUUGAAGACACUCCAGGCAAGGUUCUAAAUUGGUCAGAGAGGUUGACAGUGCUAAUUGGUGUCGCAAAGGCUGUGCACUUUCUGCAUACAGGAGUUAUUCCUGGUUUCUUCAACAAUCGAUUGAAGACGAAUAAUAUCCUGCUCAAUGAGCAUGGAAUUUCAAAAUUAAGUGAUUAUGGGCUGUCCAUUAUCUCUGAAGAUAUAGGAAAUAGUGGGGAAGGUGAAGAAGGACGCAAAUCACGGGAAAUGGCAAUAUUAGAGGAUGAUGUUUACAGCUUUGGGUUCAUAUUACUUGACUCACUUGUUGGCCCCUCAGUAUCUGGCAGAAGAAACAACCUUCUACUGGACGAACUGGCAUCUUGUAUCAACCAGGAAAGCCAUAGAAAAUUAAUAAACCCAAUUGUGUUGGCAACGUCCUCACAAGAAUCUUUGUCGACUGUGAUUUCUAUAACAACCAAAUGCAUUUGUUCGGAAUCGCUGAGCCGUCCAUCCUUUGAGGACAUACUCUGGAAUUUGCAGUAUGCAAGUCAGGUUCAAGAAACAGCAGAUCGUGUAAAGACUUGAUAGAAUAGGAAAUAAAUUGUUUGCAUGUGGGUUUUCUCCAAAUCUUGUCGUUCCAUCCUUAUAAUCCUCAAAGGGGAUUACUUUUUCGUUGAGGUUGUAGCUUAGCAAAUGUUUAAAGCUGUAUAUCUCAAUCUGGUAGUCAUUGUUGUAUUUAUUGUCGGUUUGUGUGUUUCUAAAGCUGUAGCAUUUCUAUAUUUGUUUGCAUCUAUUACAUAAACUACCCACCAAUCAAUUAGUGAAAAAAGAAAUUUUCCAUUUUCCUGAA